GCAGGAGCGAGAAGUGGCCUUAGCCGGAGUGGCCGGGAGCGGCCAAGGCGAUGAACUGGGCCUGGCGAACGAGGCGCCAUCACAGUCAGAAAAUUGAGACUAGGCUGAAGGAACUACCCCCUUCACUCCAUGUUGACCUCUCCCUCAGGCUGGCGCCAUGCCCCCCCCUGCAGAGGUGACAGACCCGUCUCAUGCCCCAGCUGUGCUGCACCAACUCAACGAACAGCGUCUCCGUGGCCUCUUCUGUGACGUCACCCUCAUCGCUGGAGACACCAAAUUCCCUGCUCAUAGAAGUGUCCUGGCUGCCUCUAGCCCCUUCUUCAGAGAGGCCUUACUAGCCCAAACCCCAUCACCGCUGCAACCUGUGACAAGGGACCCUGCCCCAAAUCCUUCUACUUCUGCUUCCUCUUCCUCCUCCUCCUCCUCUUCCUCUUCCUUUUCUUCCUCCUCCUCCUCCUCCUCCUCCUCUUCCUCCUCCUCCUCCUCUUCUUCUUCCUUUUCUUCCUCCUCCUCUUCCUCCUCUUCUUCCUCUCCACCUCCACUUUCCUCCUCCCUUACAGCUUCCCACCCACCCCGGGUUCUAGAGUUGCCAGGAGUCCCAGCAGCUGCCUUCUCUGACGUCCUCAAUUUCAUCUAUAGUGCUCGAUUGGCACUUCCUGGUGGUGGUGGGGACGGAGCAGCUAUGGCAGAAAUUGGGGCUUUGGGCCGACGUCUGGGUAUCUCACGACUGCAGGGUCUUAGUGAAAGUGGGGAUGCUUGGAUUCCCCCAGCUCCAGCAACCCCAACCCCAGUUGAGGUCGAUAGCUUUACCACCGGGCCUUCAAAGGAGUGGCAAGGGAGUGGAAAUGAAGUCCCUACGGUUCAGACUUCCCUUCCCCGGCGGUCUCUUCCCUGCCCUCGCUGUGGGAAAAGUUUUAUCCAUGCUAAACGACUGCAGACACAUGAGGCACAGUGUAGGCGAGGGACAGGGACCCGGGGAACAGUAAGUGGGCAAGGGGAUGGGGCGUCCCAGGAAGAGAACCCAGAAGGAAUCCGAAAUUCAUCUGCUUCCCCCAGUACAAGUUUCCGGGGGGGUCCGGAGCAUGUGGUGAAGGUAGUGGGGGGUCAUGUGCUAUAUGUAUGUGGGGCUUGUGAACGCUCCUAUGUGACACUCUCAAGUCUGAAGCGGCAUAGUAAUGUGCACUCAUGGCGGAGAAAAUAUCCCUGCCGCUACUGUGAAAAGGUGUUUGCCCUAGCUGAAUACCGGACCAAGCAUGAGGUGUGGCACACAGGGGAACGGAGGUAUCAGUGCAUCUUCUGCUGGGAGACCUUUGUCACUUACUACAAUUUGAAGACGCACCAGCGAGCCUUCCAUGGUAUCAGCCCAGGCCUCUUGGCUAGUGAGAAGACCCCCAAUGGUGGCUACAAACCGAAGCUGAACACCCUCAAGCUGUACCGCCUUCUUCCUAUGCGGUCUGCCAAACGACCCUAUAAGACUUAUAGCCAAGGGGCACCCUCUACCCCUGUUUCUGCCCCUUUGUCACCAGAACCCACACCAUCUGCAUCGACUAUCCCCCCACUCCUCCCCACAACACCACCCCUACCACCUGUCCCUCCUCCACCUCCCACCCUUGCCCCUCCACCUUCUGUCAUUGCCUUUGCCCACCCAGCCCCUUCAGUUAUUGUACAUGGGAGCAGUAGCACAGGAAGUGGCAUGACUGGCACCACUGGAGCCCAGGCUGCUUCAGUGAUUGCCUACACAGCUCCACCAAGGCCCCCCAAGAAACGUGAAUACCCACCCCCUCCUCCCCAGCCAGCAGUAGCAGUGGUCACAGCCACUCCAGCCACUCCAGCCACAACCACAACAGGAGCCACUGCAGAAGAGACCAAGGGUAGAAAUCUGAGGGCAGGGAAGACUCUGACAUACACAGCCAAACCAGCUGGUAGUGGGGGAGUGGGCCCUUCUGGGGGGCUCAGCUGGGGAGGAGAUUCUUCCCAACCCCAACCCCCACCACCACUAUGCCAGAUCACAGUUCGAAUAGGUGAGGAGGCUAUUGUCACUCGAAGAAUUUCUGAGACGGAUCUCCAUCCUGGAGAAGCUAGUGGCCUGGAGGAAGGAGAUGACAGUGAAGAGGAGGAGGAGGAGGAGGAGGAGGAGGAAGAGGAGACUGAGGCUGGGAGUGAGGACCAACUGUGGCGCCCAUACUAUUCCUACAAACCUAAACGAAAGUUAGUUGGCACUGGUGGGGGGAGUAGUGGGACCAGCAGCAGUAGUGGGACCCCCAAGUGCCGCCGCCCUCGAUGGAGAAGGAAGUUUGAGAGACGAGCAUGGGAGGAGUCCAGAUCUACCGAGAGCCCCUCUGGACAGGCCAGCAGCGAGUGGAAACAUCAGUGUGGAGACUGUGGCAAAGCUUUCUCAACCCUGAGGAAGCUGCACAAACACCAGGAAGCCCAUGGUGAUGGUGGGACCCAGGGACCUCGGGCUGGCCGAAAGCCUCUGACACGCUUUGCCUGUUCCCAUUGUUCAAAGGUGUGUAAGACAGCAGCUGCCCUGAGCCGACAUGGGCAGAGGCACACCGGGGAGCAACCUGGGGGUACCCCCACUCCUGUUAUUGCCUAUUCCAAGAGCAGUGGGGGAAGCGGGACUGGGUCAGGACUGGGAUUAGGUGACAGUGGAGUGAAGGAAGAGGCUCCCCAGGAAAUGCAAGUGUCAUCAUCCAGUGGUGAGGCUGGUGGGGGAGGAGGAGUUGGUGGGGGAGGCCCAGAAGCUGCCUCCCUCCAGGAUCCUGUUAUCUCAGGAGGGGAAGAACCCCCAGCAGUAGGAAAUGGGGGCUAUCCUCCAGUGCAAGAGUUCCCCCUGGCCCUGGUUGAAGAUAAACAGGAGGUUUCGGGUGGGGAGAAGGUUGGAGCCGAAGGAUUGGUUGGGGGUAGUGUGGAGGGGACUGCACCUGCCAAAGUCACUUUCUACCCUGAGCCCUACCCAUUGGUAUAUGGUCCUCAGCUCCUUGCUGCCUACCCUUAUAACUUUAGUAAUUUGGCUGCACUCCCAGUUGCCCUCAACAUGGUCCUGCCUGAUGAGAAGGGUGGUGGUGCCCUACCCUUCCUGCCUGGGGUCUUCAGCUAUGCAGUGAACCCUCGGGCAGCACCCCCCACACCCCCUCUCCCUCAAUCGAUGCCUUCACCAGUCCCCCCCAAGGGGGAUGGGGGUGGGGAAGGAAUUGAGAGGGCCCAGAAAGGAGAUGUGGGGUGAACUCAAUAUUUGGUUAGCCCCUUCCACCAGAUGCCACCCUUGCUUUCUAUCCAACCUCUUUCCUGCUGCUUCUGCCCCAUUGCCCCCAGCCUGUCCCCUAACUCCCCUGGAGAUCUCAAGUAGCCUCUGUGAUGUAACUACUAUUUGAGAGGAACACAGGGAAGAAGAGUCCUGAGAUCUCUUUGGGUUGAGGCCGAUUUGGGGGUUAUAGCACCUUUCCUACUUCAUGGGAAGUGAUAGUUGGUGGGUCUUGCCAUCUUGUUUCCUCUUCCCCAGAAUCCCCCCUACCCCUUUUACCAUGAUCAGCCCAGGGUGGUCCCUAAGGGAAAGGUAUCUUGCUGUAUCAAUGUAGUUACCUA